UCUUUUCAUCUUCCUAGACACAAACCAAUCCAUGACCAUCUAUUCUACAGGCUGAAGUAUACGUUACUCUCAAACACACAGCAAAACCAUGAAUAAUGCCCAAUACGGGCGUUGCAUACUAUGGAUGCGAGGACACGUUAUAAGCAUGGUUGCGGUAACGAUGGCGGCGUUGGUGGUGGUGUCGGGGCAAGAAAACGCAGCAGCGGAUCUCUUGAGAUUCAAAACGGCCCUAGUGAACGCGGAUCCGGCUCUGGCGGACUGGAACCCAUCCACGGAGCCGUGCACGGGCAACACUGGCAACUGGGCGGGUGUGUUGUGCUACAACGGCUACGUCUGGGGGUUGCAGCUCGACAACAUGGGCUUGCAGGGCCAGAUUGAUGUCGACGCUCUCGCUGGCCUCCAAUCCUUGCGGACGAUCAGCCUCACUGAUAACAACUUCCAAGGGCCCAUGCCCGACUGGCGGAAGGUCCCCGCGCUCACCUCAUUGUAUCUCUCUGGAAACCAGUUCUCCGGUCGGAUCCCCGAUGAUGCUUUCAACGGCAUGGACUUUUUGAAGAAGGUCUAUCUUUCCAACAACAAAUUCAGUGGCCCCAUCCCUUCUUCCCUGGCCUCGCCUAGGAUGGUGGAGGUCGGCCUCGACAACAACCAGUUCUCAGGCGGUAUACCGCCUUUUAGCGCUGAUAAUAUCAGAGUCUUUGAUGUCUCUGGAAAUCAGCUGCAGGGCCCCAUUCCACCAUCUUUGCGCAAGCUAGAUCCCUCCUCAUUCCAAGGCAACUCAGCGUUGUGCGAGGGACCAACGUGUGAGCCCCCGCCAGACAUGGAGCCGAAUAUUCAUCCUCUAACUCCAACCAACGCUUUCCCAUCUAAGCGUAAAGGAUUAUCUCCAGCGACAAUAGCCAUAAUUAUACUCAGCAGUCUGUUGGCUUUGUUUCUGCUCCUAUUGCUUCUCCUAUUAUGUUGCCGGUGGUGGAACCUGGACGAUGACGUGGAGUCACCACGACAGAUGAUGAUGACGAGAUCAGAGAUGGUAUCGCCCUAUAGCGAGAGGAGAAGCCCUAUGACAGUAGGAGCCUCGCCCCAGCAAGCAACAAAGCUAUCAUUCGUGAAGAACGACAGACAGAAGUUCGACCUGCAGGAUUUGAUGAGAGCCUCUGCGGAAGUGCUGGGGUCCGGGAGCUUCGGGGCGUCAUACAAAGCGGUACUGGUGGAUGGGGAGGCAUUGGUCGUCAAGAGAUUCAAGCAGAUGACCAAUUUGACCAAGGAUGACUUCCACGACCACAUGAGGAGACUCGGCAGCCUCAAACACCCCAAUCUGCUACCCUUGGUAGCCUACCUCUACCGCAAGGAAGAAAAGCUCUUGGUCUUCGACUUCGUCACCAACAACAGCCUAGGGAAGCACCUCCACGUUGACGGGAAACGACCCGAGGAGUGGCCGAAGCCGCUCAACUGGCCAUGCCGGUUGAAAGCGAUCAAAGGGACGGUGAGGGGGCUAGCUUACCUCCACGCCGAGCUGCCCGCCCUAGACGCCCCCCACGGCCACUUGAAAUCGUCCAACGUCCUGCUCGAUACCAACUACAACGCCCUGCUCAUGGACUACGCCCUCAGCCCGGUGGUGAACCCAGCGCAGGUGAGUCAAGCCCUGGUGGCGUAUAAGUGCCCCGAGUAUGCCAUGAGCGGGCAGACGUCGAGGAAAUCAGACGUGUGGUGCUUGGGGAUUUUGAUCCUGGAGACGCUCACGGGGAAGGCCGUGGACAAGCACCUCGGGCAGGGGUGCCAGUAUGGUGCAGAGUUAGCCCGGUGGGUGAAAGGUAUCGUUGAGGAAGCGAAUGCCAAAGGGGCGGUGGGGGUGUUCGACAAAGAUAUGGAGGCAAGCGCGGAGGCAGAGACGGAGAUGGAAAAGCUUUUGCAGAUUGGAAUACGGUGCUGCCAAGAGGAGUUGGACAAGAGGUUAGAUAUGGCUGAGGCACUUAGAAGGAUUGAGCAGCUCCAGGAGUGAUAUGCAAUAGGUGUUUUUGAAUACUAAAACCAUCAA